CCUCAGAAACCUGAGCAUCGAUCGGGAUCAUCUUGGACAGUAAAAACAGGGCUUCAGAAAUUGCUUCCGAAUCUCUUAAUCGUUCGGAACCAUGCUUCUUCUUCUCAACAUCUUCAAUCCUAAACGAGUUCGCUCUUUAACUUCUUCUUCCAACGGUUCAUCCAAAAGCCGCUGUCUCCAAACUUUACUGAAAAGCGGCUUCUCUCCUACUCUCAAAUCUAUCAAUCACUUCCUUCAUUUUCUCUACCAGAACCGUAGAUUCGACUAUACCCUUCAUUUCUUCUCCCAAAUUAAGGCCAACCACAUCAAAGGAAACUCCCGAACUCACCUAUUUCUCACAUGGGCUCUCCUGAAAUCCCACAAAUACGACGACGCAGAGCGAAUCUUGAAGUCCCACAUGCCGGAGGCUUCAAUUUUUCAUCGAAAUCGUCUGUGGAACUUGCUGAUUCUAGGAAUUUGUGUCGAUCAAGAAGACCCAGAAAAGGCAUUGGGGAUUCUGCGGGAUUGCUUGAGAAACCAUGGUAUUUUGCCUUCUUCUUUCACUUUUUGUGUGUUGAUUCGUAAAUUUAGCUCUUUGGGUGAGAUGGAUAAGACUGUGGAGCUUCUGGAGCUAAUGUCUGAUCAGGGUGUGAACUACCCUUUUGAUAAUUUUGUCUGUAGUUCUGUAAUUUCUGGGUUCUGUAAGAUUGGGAAACCAGAAUUGGGUCUGAAAUUUUUCGAGAAUGCUAAAGCAUUGGGGAAUUUGAAACCUAAUUUAGUGACUUAUACUGCGCUCAUUAGUGCACUCUGUAAGUUGAAUAGAGUUAAUGAAGUUUGGGAUUUGGUUUGUAAAAUGGAGAAGGAAAAUUUGGCAUUUGAUGUUGUGUUCUAUAGUUGCUGGAUAUGUGGGUAUAUUUCUGAGGGUUUGCUAUUGGAUGUGUUUAAGAAGAACAGGGAAAUGGUCCAGAAAGGAAUAAGACCUGAUACAAUAAGUUAUACCGUUUUAAUACAUGGUCUUUCCAAGUUGGGGAAUGUGGAGAAGGCGUUUGGGGUUUUAGAGAGGAUGAAGAAAUCGGGAUUAGAACCGAGUUCGGUUACGUAUACGGUGAUCAUGCUGGGGUUUUGCAAGAAAGGGAAACUGGAAGAAGCAUUUGCACUUUUCGAAAUGGUUAAGGGUUUGGAGAUGGAGGUGGAUGAAUUUAUGUAUGCAACUAUGAUUGAUGGAUGUUGCAGAAAUGGGAAUUUCGAUCGGGUUUUUGGCCUUCUUGAUGAAAUGGAAACGAGAGGGAUGAAACCAAGUAUUGUUACAUACAACACUGUGAUUAAUGGACUCUGCAAAUUGGGGAGAACAUCGGAGGCUAAUAGGCUAUCAAAGGGGUUACAUGGCGAUGUUAUUACAUAUAGUACUCUGUUACAUGGAUACAUCCAAGAACAGAACAUCACUGGCAUUUUCGAAACAAAGAAGAGACUCAAAGAUGCCGGGAUUUCUCUGGAUGUUGUCAUGUGUAAUGUUCUGAUCAAAGCACUUUUCAUGGUUGGCGCAUUUGAAGAGGCUUAUAUACUCUACAAGAGCAUGCCACAAAUUGGCCUUAUUGCAAAUUCAGUUACCUACCGUAUGAUGAUUGAUGGAUAUUGUAAUAUUAGUAGGAUCGAUGAGGCAGUCGAGAUAUUUGAUGAGUUCAAGUCAGCAUCAUGCAGUUCAGUGUCUGUUUACAAUAGUAUUAUAAAAGCACUUUGCAGAGAAGGUCGGGUAGAAAGGGCCUAUGAGGUCUUUAUUGAAUUGAACCUCAAAGGUCUGACUUUGGAUGUAGGUGUGUAUAGGAUGCUUAUUAGGGCCAUUUUUGAAGAAAAAGGUGCAGCAGGGCUUUGUGAAGUAAUUUAUGGGAUGGAAAAAUUGGAACAAGAUAUGUACAAUUUUAUAUACAACGAUGUUAUUCAGUUACUAUGCAAGAGAGGUUUCCCGGAGAUGGCGAGUGAAUUGUAUUCAAGAAUGAGGAGAGUCGGUUUGCUUCUUGAAACGAAAACAUAUUAUUUACUCGUAAGAGCAUUGAAUAGUGAAGGAAUGACGCAGAUGAGUUGGUCUAUUUUGAUUAAUUUUUUGAAAGAAUAUGGCCUAGCUGAGCCCAUUGUUAAGCAGAUAUUUGCAGACUUUCAAUGCAGGAAGUUCACUCUUUUAACUCCAGAGAAAAUGGAAGAGAAAAUAUCAACAUUUACAGUAUCUGAUGCCACGUUUAAAGAGCUAGUAAAAGAAAGACGAUUUAUUGAUGCUUAUAAUCUUGUAAUGAAAAGUGGAAACAAUCCCUCGCUUGGGGACGUAUUUGAUUAUUCGAUUCUGAUUCAUGGUCUUUGCAAAGGUGGACAAAUGACCGAAGCGUUGGAUAUUUGUGUUUGUGCCAAAACAAAUGGAAUAAAGUUGAAUAUUGUCUCUUAUAAUUCAGUCAUAAAGGGACUGUGCCUUCAAAGUCGUCUUACCGAAGCAUUCCAACUAUUUGAUUCACUGGAAAUAAUAGGCUUGAUACCUACAGUAAUCACGUAUGGGACUCUAAUCGACUCUUUAUGCAGAGAAGGAUACCUGGAAGAUUCGAGGCAGUUGUUCGAGAGGAUGAUCCCGAAAGGUCUUAAACCAAAUACACACAUUUACAAUUCAUUAAUUGAUGGUUACAUCAGGAUUGGUCAAAUUGAAGAAGCCUUUAAGCUUUUACAUGUAUUGGGGACAGAAGUUUUUAGUCCUGAUGAAUUCUCUGUGAGCUCCGCAAUCAAGGCAUAUUGCCGAAAGGGUGACAUGGAAGGUGCUCUUUCAUUCUUUUUCGAGUUCAGGGAGAAAGGUAUUUUACCCGAUUUUUUGGGAUUCUUAUAUUUGAUAAGAGGUCUUUGUGCCAAGGGAAGGAUGGAAGAAGCACGUAAUAUACUGCUUGAGAUGCUACAGUCCCAAUCAGUGGUGGAGUUGAUUGACAAGGUUGAUACCGAGAUUGAAACAGAGUCUAUCGGAAGCGCUCUUGCUCAUUUAUGCGAGGAAGGACGUAUCCUAGAAGCCUAUGCUGUUCUUAAUGAAGUUGGCUCUAUCGUUUUCUCUGCUCAGAGGCAUUCUACUGACUAUAAUCAACCUCGUAAACUACAUAUAAAUGACAAAGAAUCUGUUGCUGUUAUUAGUUCUGGAUUCGAAGCCUACCCGGGGAUAACCCUUCAAAAUUGUGAAUCAUCAGAUUUUGACACAUUAGGAAACACGAAGUACGAGAAUCUGGAAAAGAGGCCUCAUUUCCAGGACUUCAACUUCUACUAUCCUCUACUUUAUUCCCUUUGUUCUGAAGGAAAUGUUCAAAAGGCUAGUCAAUUAGCAAAGGAGGUAAUUUCCAAUUUGGACAGAGGCUAAUUGUGAAGGGAAAAAAUGAAGAACUCGGCUUCAUCAUUAAUUGGAGUUUCCUCUCCGUUAAUAAAAGAAUUUCUGUUCCCCUUUGGUAAAUGCUGAUCAAUGGGCAAAGGAAGCACUCUCAAUCUGAUCGGAGGUUGAUUGCAUAACAGAAACGGUAUCGAUUAUUCAUCUUACAGCGGUUCCUCUUGGUUAAUGUGCGAAAAGAGAAGCAUUACUCUGUGCAGGUGCUCGAGUAACUGAUAUUCUGCAAAGGAGUAGAUCGCUGUUGAACCGUGUGCUUGGAAGGUGUUCUGUUUUCUCAAGUGAAACUGGAUGCAUAAAUAUAUCAAUCUAUUCUUGUUAACCUGUCCAUAGCUCUGUUGAUUAUGACAUAUAUCUCCAACCAAGAUAGAAAGCACUGGUUUUGAUCUUGCUUGCAGCUGCAGGGUCUAAAAGGAAAGUGGGCCGGAAGAAAGGAAACAAGGAGGGCCCAAGCCCAAAAAAGAACAGAACAUAUGGAGAAAGGCCCAAGCCCCUUUUGGAAAUGGAAACCAACCUAUCACCUCUCUUAUGGUUAGAUUUGAAGGAGGUUUUCCACUCUAGUUUAACAUUUUUUGUAAUCCUGUUAGCUCAACGGUAACGGUUAAGGCAUUUGGGAAGCACUAGGCUUUUAAAUUAUAAAAAUUUGGUCGCUAUAGUUUGAAGAUAGUUUUAAUUUUGUUUCUAUGGUUUUAUCAAAUUUAACAAAUCGUUUAUAUUGUUGCCACAUUAA